AAAGCGUAUACUGUAGAUUUGGUGGUGAGGAAAUCAGCGACACGUUGCAGCGGCGGUUCACGACUUCAUCAAGCCUGAAGCGAACCUCCACGUGGUGCCGUGGGGGCUCCUUCACUCUCCCACGCGUUGGGUAGUCGUCAACAAAGCCAGCUCCAAGCGCGAGCUGGACCAUUCAUGUCCUCACCGUGCAUGCAUACCAGCAUAGUACCUCCGGGACGCCAAGAAAAGGGCAUGUGAAGAUGGUCGGCUCGGGGACUUGCGGGCAUUCUCGCUUUCGCGAAAUGGUGAAAAUUCUAUUCUGUAGUAUGCAUAGUGCAGAGGUCUUGAUCUCAGGUUUUAGUGCAAAAGAAUAGGAUCCACCGCCUCUUGCAAUCACUACACAACGAUGGCAAAGCUUUGAAGACACAAAAGUCAGAGGCCAACCAAAAGGACUAGACCAUGGAGAAAGGUUUGUUCUCACCCAAGGGGCAAGAUCCCCGCGCAAGCAGUAACAUUGUUGUUGUGAUCCUUAGCAAGCUGUCAGACUAUGCCGAGCACGUGAAAGUAUGCAAAGAUUCGUCUGUGUCUGCAAUCAAAGCACAGAUUCAUGGCAGUUGGGGCAUCCCACCAGAUCAACAACACUUGACUUUUGAAGGCCGCCUUCUAGCUGAUAAAGAAGUCCUUGAAAGCAUUGGAAUAGGUAACGAAAGUGAAUUGCAUCUCACCCUCACCUCACAGAAAACGAACAGCACCGACGAUUCCAUUAUUGUAUCCAUUGUUGGUUUGGACGAUAGCAGAAGCGUUCUGACGGUGCCUAGGACGGUAUCGGUUGCUCACUUGAAAGAGAAGUAUAAGUCGGAACGAGAAAAAGCGCAGUUCUACACGGAGAUUGAUCUCACUCACAUGGACGUUCUGCUGGAAGAUCAUUUGACUCUUGCGGAGUACAAGAUUGGUUACCAGACCAUCAGUACGAUUUUUGCCGCGUUUCGGUGUGUCAAGGAACCUAGUUCGAGGUCUGAUCGUACUGUAUCGGCGAUCAUCACGGGCAUCUCCAAGAGCAUCCCUUUGUCCCAGAAUCAAUCCUCCAAUCAGGCCGUCAGGAUCUUCUUCGAAGACUUGAGCUUUUCGACGACCAUUGUUGUCAAUGUGGACGCCCCUCUUGCGGACCUAAAGCAAAUUUAUUUGAAGUGCCUGCGAAGCAAUGAAACAUGUGCAAGAAUUGGCCGUUGGAAAGCAACCAGUUCUGCCGAGGAUGCAAAACUACGAAUCAGCAGCCUCCAGCCCAACUCAUUCUCAUUGAUGCACAACAAGCAAGUUGUGGAUGAAAGGAAAAGGGUCGGCGGCUUAGUCGAGUAUGGAACACCCACCCUAAGUGUCCACCUGAACACGAUGCAAAACAAGUGUCUACAGCAUCUGAUGGAAACAGCUAGAAGGUUUGCAGCGCAUCGAAAUGAUGCCCCUCUUUUGAAUGCAAUGAAGCAUGCAAGUUCCACUCUUACCGACAGCAGCAAAGUAGCACAGAGCCGGAUCUAUCACUUCCAUCAACUCAAGAGUUUGCAGACAGAGCAGACAUCCGAGGACAUGAAGAAGGCUACCAACUACACUUCUGAAAUUCUUCAGAAGAAACCAAGCGGAACACUGGGAUCGGAUCCGCUCAUUGUGGCGCAUGUCCUUGCUGCUUUGUGCCGCCAAAACCAAGAGGACAUCUUGUUCUACGACAGCAGCAAGGGUAUGCACUUACUUGAGUCUUCGGCUAGUAUCAACGAUCUUUUGGUUGCUGGCAGGUCCAUGGUGUUGAGGUUGGCGUCACUGAAAGGCUUGUUUGGAGUGUCUGAAGCACAAUCGGAGACGGAAGAGUUUCACAAGAUGGUGGAAAUGCAAGCGGCACUUCAGACGGGAGUUUCGCAUCCUCUAUUGGAGGACAUCAAGUUGAGGCUUGCCAGGUGCCUGGAAGUUGAAGCGUCGCGCAUUGUUGUUGCUAAUAUCUUCAAAGGAAGCGUCUGUGUGGAGUACACCGUCAACGAUUUGACGCUGCGCGAGAGGCACGCGAUUCUACAGCAAGAUACCAACGGUCGAUUGCAACGGGAAUUCAGAGAAUAUCUUGAGCUCAAAAUCCAUCCUUUGAUGUUCCGACCUGCAUUUGAUUUGGCCAUGUUUGAUCCUCUAGGCAACAAAUCUUUUGUUCGGGAGGGUCAGUCAUUCCAGGUCGGACCAUCAGGGUUCCAGAAGAUGUACAAGCAGCCUCAAGGCUGGACGAGGUUUGGUCUGAAAGUGCGAACAGAGGAUCCUCAGGGUGACAGAUGGCUGCAUCCUUUCCAAGAUCCUGGAAAUUGGUGGCGAGCUUUCCAUGGAACGUCUAAUGCUGGCCGAUACAUGGCAGGGGUUGACCGGCAGGAUCCCACACAAAUGGCCGAUGCAGCCAUGGAUGCAGCUGCACACAUUUAUACUGGCGGUUUCCACACGGCGCAUCAAGCUGCCUAUGGGCCUGGUGUCUACUGCUCGCCAGAUCCUGCUUGGCUUGCUAGAUCACGGCAUGUUGCAAUUGUUGGUUUAAAUAUCCAAGGUCAUUCACAACCGAAGCAGUUCAAGUGCAUGCUGCAGGUAGCGGUGCUGCCGGGAUCCGACACACUUGAGACUCGUAACGUCUAUUCCGAUUACAUUUGGUGUGUGAAGCAACCCGACCACAUUAGACCCUACGGAAUCUUGGUGAAGGAGGCGUGAAUGCAGCGGGGUUGUUGGAUGAAUAGAGCAGCUUUCGUACGGUUUGUUUUCGAGGAAAGACAUACCGCGUCAACAAGGCAUACGUCGAAGACGAGAAGUGGAAGAUAGGACACGAGAUUCAUUUUUUGUUGAUAUUGCAUGUUGAGGAACACUCUUGGUAUAGUAAUCUAUAGUAUUGGAAGGAAUGGUUGGCUCCGAGCAUUGAAAGGGCAACACCGCGGGACAUGCGAUAUAUUAGGCUGAAGAGUUUCCUGUGUUUUCUACCGUAGCGUACCGGAACGGAUACCGUGUGCCGGUACCGCUACUGGCCACUAUAGUUGUUGUUGUUUUUGUACAUAACAGUAUUCAUGCUAUUGAUAUGAUCUA